GUUUUGUUUUCUUUUCAGUUGGACUUUCUUUUCUUUCAGUUAGACUUUCUUUUCUUUCAGUUAGACUUUGUUUUCUUUCAAUUGGACUUUCUUUUCUUUCAGUUAGACUUUCUUUUCUUUCAGUUGGACCAACUGAAAGAAAUAAUGGGCCAACUGAAAGAAAUAAUGGACUAACUGAAACAAAAUGAAGACUACCUGAAGAAAAAUGUAGACUACCUGAAAAAGAAUAAAGACCAACUGAAACCCAAGUAAGUCUAACUGAAGCACAAAAACCCACUGAAAAACAAAGAAGACUAACUGAAAACAAAAUGAAGACUACCUGAAAAAAAAUUGGAACCACCUGAAAAAAAAUGAAGACUACCUGAAAAAAAAUUGGAACCACCUGAAAGUCGUCCGACCAAGAUUAUGAGCACUAUAAUUUGGGCCAAGUGUUCAUCACCCACAUCAUAUGGCAGAGGAAAUUAGCACCAAAAAAAAAAAUUAUGGCAGAGGAAAUACGCCAAAUCCAUAACUCUUGGGACUCUAUCCCCUCCACAUAAAGUCCAAAUCUUAACUUUUAGCACAACUCUAGCUGUACGGUAUCUUAGUUUUCAUUUAGAAUUGGCCUUAAGAAUAACAUUACUUAUAGGCAUAGCUAACAAAUAACGUACAUCACUAUUUAUGUUCUCCUUCCUAAACUUCACCACUUCCUUACUUGUUACGCCUCAAAUAAUUAUACUACUAUGUGUUAUCCAAUUGUCCAGCUUCCUAAAGGCACCGAUGAUUCUCGCCGUGGCGAAUGGCGAACACCAAGGAUGGUGGUGCAGGCGGAGGUGGCGGUGCAACGCGAGGUUGUUAUAAGUGGUAGCAACGAUGGAAGAGAAAGACAAUGUGUGUGUUCACCCACAAGUCAUCCAGGAUCGUUUAGGUGUAGGAAUCAUCGUGCUAAUUAUAACUGGACUAGUCAUGCUUAAUACUUCCUCCAUUUUUUUUUAUUGUAACGUUUUCUUUAUUUUAAAGUUUCCUAUUUUUUAUCACAUGGGUCAUACUUUUAUUUAUCUUUAUCUCUUUCCUUUUCACAUGAAUUAUGUAAAAAAGGUGUCAUUAGAAUAUGUUACAAUUAUUAUAGAACGGAGAAUGUAAAAUUAAGCUCCUAAACCAUGCAGUAUGAAACCAAGCAGAAAAUUGAAGGUUUGAUGGACAUGAUAGUUGAUUUUGAUAGUAUUGUUGUACAUGUACAUGAAUGUGGAAUGGUAAGUUUGUUUUACUUGUAAUUCUCUAGUAUAAUUGAUUUUGGAAUUUUAUGGGGAAAAUUUUGUUUUGUUUUGUUUAGCUUUCCUUUGUCUUCAAUGAUUAGCAUAUACAUGCUGAUUUUAAGAGUAGAGAAAUUUUAUUGACUAUAAAUGAGUUUAUUUUGGGGUCCAGUGAUAAAAAUAUAUUAGGUGGUGUGAUUUAAUAAUUUAAGACGAUAUUUCAAAAGUUAGGUUUAUUAGCAGAUAAAGAGUAAUUAAUAGAUAUGUGACUUAAGCAAUCAUUUUCUAGGUUCCUAAUAAGUUUUUCAUAUCUAUUUUGUUUUUCUUGGAUAUAUUUUACUAGGUAUGGAUUAGCAAUGUGAAGACAAAGUUUUAUUUUUAUGGAAUAGAGAGGAGGACAUAGGCCUCUAGAAGUUGCAUCAUUGUUGCCUAGGUCUUAGAAUGAAAUGUUGAACUUUAAAAUGAACUUUAGUUUAGCCUUGGGGAGAAUGAUAAAGAGUUUUUCUUAUUGGAUCCAAUGUGUAAACAAGCAAAUAUAGCCAUAUAGGUGGAAUCGACUCUUAUUUAUGGGAAUUUCAUAUUAUCAAAAGGAAAAGAACAGUGCAAUGCACGAGCCUUGCAUGUAACUUAUACAUCUGCGCAUGCGCAAUUAAGUUGCCAAUGCACACCUUUGAGCGGCAAUUGCCUUGAUUGCAAGCCCUUACAAGAUGGUGCACGUCGCACACAAGUGAUGCACGAUGCGAAACCCGUAAGAGGCUGCUCCAAAUUUUAUCUACACCUCGCUCAUAUAAUGUUUAAGUCGAAAUAGCAAUCCACUUCUUAUAGGUGUGUAACACCUCACCCAUUAUGCCCCCAAAAAUAUGUGGCUUAUAUUGCUUAAGAAGUUAUAUGACCCCACAUAAUUAUAUUUUUCGUAACUUUGUUAAUUCUUGGCCUGGCUUGAAAACUAAGUCCACCAAGAAAAUGUCUAUGAUAUUUAUUAUAUGGGGAGAAUAUACCCAAAGCACUAAGCAAACUACCAGUCAAAAACUACCAAGCAAUGAGGUAUUCCUAGUUCUAAGAGCUCCUUUCCCUGCAUUAUAUAUUCAUCUAAUAUUUUCUUUUUUCUCUCUUUAGUCUUAGUUUUUUUAUCAACCUCAACAAUUACAAAGACUAAAUUUCAUAUUAUCUGAUAAAAUUAUAUGCUAAUGAUCAAAUUAUCUUAUCUUAAGUCACAAAAUGGCAGAGUCUGACAGCAAAGUUGUGCAAGCUAAGCUGAGAAUGAAACAGGUAUCAGGUUGUAUCAUGUCGGGUCAAUAACAGGUUCUUCUAGGAGAUAUGGGUACUGGAAAAACAAGUUUAGUGUUGCAAUAUGUAAGAGGACAGUUCUUUGAUCGUCAGGAAGCAACCAUAGGAGCAGCAUAUUUCACUAAAACAGUAUCAUUCGACGAAGCAAGCAUUAAAUUUGAUAUAUGGGAUACUGCUGGACAAGAGCGAUACCAUAGCUUGGCUCCUAUGUAUUAUCGAAACGCAACAGCUGCCCUUCUUGUUUAUGAUAUCUCAAACAUGGUAUAUGAUUCCUUUGUUCGAGCGAAAAAAUUGGUUCAAGAACUACAAAGACAAGACAGUCGAAUUCCAGUAAUGUCGCUGGUUGGUAACAAAGUGGACUUAGAAGCAGAAAGAGAGGUUACUACUGAGGAAGCAGAAAACUUGUCUGAAGAAAAUGGACUGUUUUUCAUUGAGACAUCUGCAAAGACUUCGCAUAACAUCAAUGAGCUGUUUCAUGAAAUAGCAAAACGAGUAGCGGGAGUUUGCCCUGUUCAGCAGCCUUCAGUUAUGAAUCUACGCGAUGAAACACAAAGCCGAAGAAGAUUAUCAUGUUGCUCAAGAUGAUUUGGUGGCCUUUUGUCAUGUGGUGUGAUGACAUAAGACCGAUCUAUCUUCUAUCAAGUAAGACGAACUUGACGUGAACCAAGUUGUACUCCAUGAGUGAGUGUCUUCACUCUUCAUGCAUAGCAUGAACGAUUGAAUAUAUUGAGUUGUGUUGUGACUUGUGAGUGCCAGACUGCUGUAGCCUGUAUAUAUCUACUUGUCUGAAAUGCUUAUGCAUCAACUCUACAGUACUUUGUAAAUUGGCUGUGAAAAAUUAUGGAAAAAAGGGUUUUCUAAGAAGGCUACUGUAAUCAGUUUGUCCGUGACA